UCGCCGGGUGCCCCUGGUGCGCGCCAGCCGCGGCGGAGUCGUCCGGCUGGCGUUUGCUUUUCGAGCCUCGAAGUGAGUCAGUCAGUCAAGCGUCGACCAUCGUCGAGAUCGGUCGCGUCGUUGCGUUCCAAUCGCAACAAAACGCCGAACCCUCGAUCCUCCUCGAUCAACGCGACGUACUCGUGACGAUUCGUUAUGAAUUUUUCAACGAUCACAAGAAGGACACACAGAUCGUGACCGCCAGCCGUGUUCCAAUCGACGAUCCGCGAUCGAUGGAGUUCAAUCGUGGCUCCCGUUGAUUCGCAAUCUUCGAGCGAUCGUCGAACUCGUGCCACUGCCGUCCGUGAGUUCUUUUUCUUUCUUUUUUUUUUUUUUUUCAACGCGUUACGCGAUUCGCUAUCGCGACAGUGUCCGGUUCAUUUUUAUUUCCGUCGAAAAUGCUGUCGCGCGACUUUCUGACAUUCGCGACUGUGGUUUCCGGCCUGUCUGUGGUGGUUGGUGCUUCCGUGGAUUCCGACUCCGGCGACUACGAGGUGCUCGCUGAUAACGAGGGAAAGUCCGAUGACAAUGAUUGGGGAAACGUACGCGAAGUUAGGUGUUAUUGCAAUCAACCGGAAUGCGUGUCUCAAGGAUACAUGUGUCGUGGCAGGGGCUGCUUCACCGAGUUACCAUCUAACACGAAUCCUUCGUUAUUGAGAGCAGAGCACAGCGCGUACGGCGGCUGCCUUGACGAAAGUUACAAGGAGCGGCAAUGUCCCACGGGAUACCUCUGUUGCGAGCAGGAUCUUUGCAACCACGUGGAUAGUCCAGCCAUGAGAAACAGACUCAACAAGACUCUUCAAGUGUUGGCGGGUGACCAGCGACCUUUCCUCGGCCCCGUGCAGACGGUCAAUCACGGCGGCCAGUCGACGGACGGUUGGUUCAAAACUGCGACGAUCGCUGUGCCGAUUUGUGGUCUAGUCGUUCUACUGAUAUUGGCCAGCCUCGCCAUUCGAUUGCUUCAACCUGUACCGACGCAGAACGACAAACUCGGGCCACAUAGAAUGCCCGACAAUGGGCCACCGUUAUUAGGACCGAAAGUGCCUCUCGUUUGAAAAGACACCAUCAGCGAUCCAAAGACGUUCGAUAAAGUGUUCUAGCGGAUAGACAUUAGUUAAGACUAUCUGUAGAAAGCUAGCGGGCUUAUGAUGGCUCCACUUGGCUGUGAAUUUUGUGAAAAAAAAAAAAAAGCGACUGCUGUAAAUUAUAACACUGCGCGUUGUGCAACGAUUGCUGCGAUUCCUCGCCAAACAACGACGCCACCGAAUUAGUCGUCGUAGUCGUGUGUUCGCGAGGGUGUGAAAAAGGGCCAAUAUAAAGUAUAAAUCGAGGACCUUUGUACAUGACUUUGUUAACGAUGAUAACGAAACGCAUGAUACCGCCUUUAUUUGUAGCACUGUAAAUAGAUCAUGUAUUUUCUAUCGUGUUAGAUGAUACCGUUUAAUUAGGUGGCGUACGAGUUGCAAUGUAAUCGCGUUUCACGGAUCUCGUCUACCUCUUGAUGUUCGAAGACGAGUAAUCUAGCCGCGAGAUCGUAGCUGACGUUACGAUAACAAUCUCAGAGGGAUUCACGUAUAAUUCAGCAAUAAAAGCUAACGUUUUUUUUUCCAACGAGAAAACAUAUGGCGGAUGAAAACGAGUGAAGAACAAUAAAAGUCUGAUAUCUGU